CCAUUCCUCCCCCUUCCCAUCGCGAUGUCACAGGCUACUUGUAAAAAAAACACAACAUAUUUGACAGGAUUAUUUUUUUAGGAGGGGGUUCCUGUCAAUAAAUUUGCGAUGUCAGUAAUGUAGACCCUCCGCUUUACUCCGAAAUGUAGGUACAUCGAUGGUGUGAUCUGGUAGUUUAUUUCGUUUUAAAACUUCACCUGUGAGCUUCCAAUAGAUGCAUCGUCCUAAAGGCGAGGAACCCUUUGAGUCGCCGACAGAUAUGACAGCAGCAACCAGAAACGAAGUGCUUGGUCUUUAUCGAAGAAUCUUCAGAAUAGCAAGAACAUGGCAGUCAAUAACAGGCUUAACAGAUGACACUUUAAAAGAAAAACAAUACAUCGUCAUGGAGGCCAAAACGUUAUUCAGAAAAAAUAAAAAUUUAACAGAUGUAGAGGCAAUUAAAAACUGCAUAAUGGAAUGCCACACAAGGAUAGAGAUGGGAUUACAUUAUAGAAUUCCUUAUCCAAGACCUAUACAUUUACCUCCUAUGGGACUUGCUGAUAAAAAAGGACGAAAGUUUAAAAUGCAAGAGAGGCUGAGGAAAUUUGCCAAACCAGUGUACCUGCAGUCACAUGAGGAAAUGGAUUAGUGACACAAAAACAUUUUUGAUUGUGUGGAUAUGAUUUAUUACUUAAGUCGCAUUGUUUUUUUAAGUACUAAAGUUUCUAUUAUGAAAAUCCAUAGGGUACAGUAAUAUGUUUAAAUGAAUAAAUAUCCAUUGGAAUUGU